AUGAGCAAGAAUUGGACUUUUUCCCCCGUCGGAGGCUGUGGCUUUGCUCGUGGUGAAACCUCCAAGAGAUGUAAAACAGUUGAUUUGAUGUGGGGCAAAGCCGCUCCGGUGAAGGUGAGCCUCGCCGGAUCCAACCUUUUUGUUUUCUCUUUCGAUAAUUCCUUGGCCAGGGACUGGGUUUUAGAAAAUGGUCCCUGGCAUGUACAGCAUAAGCCCCUCUUCCUCAGGAAAUGGGAACCGAAUUUGAAGGAGCUGCACUUUGAUUUGGAUCGUAUGCCAAUUUGGAUUCAACUAUUUAAUGUUCCUUUGGAAUUAUUUUCGAAGAAGGGACUCAGCUACAUUGCUAGUGCUAUCGAUAAGCCCUUACACAUGGACUCCAUUACUGCUUCUAGAGCGAGACUUGAGUAUGCUAGGGUCUGUGUUGAAAUUUCUGUUGGCUCGAAAAUUCCAGAUUUUGUUGAUGUGCUUCUUUAUGAUGAGUCUGUAGUGAGAAUUAAGAUUUUUGUACCUUGGCUUCCUGCCUCAUGUGUUGAAUGUAUGAAAUUUGGGCAUUUAAUGAAAUUCUGUCCUUUGGGGAAGAAGAAGGAACAGGUAUGGAAGGCAAAAGCUCCUCCUCAGGAAAUUAAGCAGGGUGUUAUUGACAACAGUCUAGCUGGAUUGGAGGUGAUGAGUGAUGGUGUUGAAACAAUACCAGCUCAGGAGAAAAUUGUUAAUACAAGCCCAACUGAGAUUGUGGUGAAAUGCUCUGGGUUAUGUACUGAGUCCUCGAAUUUUUCUGAACAGUCUAUUCCUAAUAAUGGUACACUAGUGGAAGUGAUGUGUGCAGGGAAGGUCCAUGCUGAUUCUAGUAGGGAUAAUAUGGCGGGUUUAAAUGCUCAUGUGGGGAAUUCAGGAAGUAAUCCCCCUAUUAAACGUGGUCGGGGUAGACCAGCGAAAGAACCUAAAGCUGCUUUAGGAGCUUUAAAAAACAAGUUUGAGAGUGUUUCGAUUAAGGGCUCUUUUGAGGGACAGAGCUUUUGUGUCACUGCAGUGUAUGGAUUGAAUGAUGGUAAUGCUCGGAGACACCUAUGGAACCAAUUAAUCUCCCUGGAUAUUGUCAACCUUCCAUGGCUGGUUGGGGGCGAUUUUAAUAUCAUUUUGAACACUGAGGAGAGCUCGGGUAGCAUCAAUUCUUCUACUCUAGCUGAUAUCUCGGACUUUCGGAGCUGUGUGGAAAACCUAGGGGUUUUUGACCACCCGUUCACUGGUCCCUUACUUACCUGGUCAAACAAGCAGCAGGAUUCGUAUUUAGCUCGCAAGCUGGACCGAGUCCUGGUGAACUCUGCUUGGAUUGAUGCUUUUCCUGAAUCCGAUGUGGAGUUCCUCACCCCGGGGGAUUCUGACCACUGUCCUGCUGUAAUGUGGCUCCGGAAAGCAGCCCCUGUUCCAGUGGAAGGUAAUCCUGCCCAAGUACUUUUUCAAAAGCUCAAACGGUUAAAAUGUCCUCUCAGAUAUCUCAAUAAAAGCCACUUCAAUGACAUCUCCAAUCAGGUGAAACUGAAAAGAGAGGAGCUGAUGUGUAUUCAACUUGUAAAUCUUUCUGUUGGCAGUAUUGUCAACGAUGAAAUGCAAGCUGAGAGGGAGCUUCAUUCCCUUGAAGAAGCUGAGAUGCUUUUUUAUAAGCAAAAGGCUAAAGUCAGUUGGAUAAAUGAGGGUGAUCAAGGUACUCGCUUCUUUCAUUCGAUGGUGGCUAGAAAAAGGAAAAGCAGUACAAUAAGACUUCUUUUUGAUCAAUCUGGUACUAGGCUCGACACUUUCGAUGAUAUGGCAAAUGAGGUGAUCAAAUUAUUUCAGUAUCAGCUGGGUACGACCGAUGCAAAUGUAAAGGGUUGUAGUACAACUACAAUUAAAGAUCUCCUCAAUUACUCCCUUUCCCUGGGUGCUGACACUGUUUUAUGUCGUGAUGUUUCUGACGUGGAGAUUCGGGAAGCCUUAUGGGGACAGGGAAACGACAAGUCCCCUGGACCUGACGGUUAUAAUCCUUUUUUUUAUAAGGUUGCUUGGCCCAUUAUUGGAGUUGAUUUCACAACUACUGUUAGGUAUUGCUUCGACAACUCUUUCAUUCUUCCUGCUUUUAACUCCACAGCUGUUGUCAUUGUUCCCAAAGUGCCAAAUCCUAGCUUAGUCAAAGAUUUCAGGCCUAUUUCUUGUUGCAUUGUGAUUUAUAAGACCAUCACCAGGAUUUUGGUUAAGCGCUUGUCUGUUGUGUUCCCCGACAUGGUAACCAAAAACCAAACUGCUUUCGUUAAAGGGAGAAACAUUGUUGACAACACCCUCCUUGCCCAAGAGAUUGUCAGGGGUUAUAAUAGGAAAAAUAUUUCCCCUAGAUGCACUUUGAAGAUAGACCUCCAGAAGGCUUUCGACUCCCUUGAUUGGAACUUCAUUUUGGUUACUCUGAAGGCAUUGGGCUUGCCUGAGAAAUUUAUUGGUUGGAUUGGGGCAUGCUUCUCUAAACCGAGCUACUCGAUCAUGUUCAAUGGCAGUCUCGUUGGCUAUUUCAGAGGUGGUCGUAGUGUUAGACAAGGCGACCCUCUUUCGCCUUACCUCUUUGUUCUCGCUAUGAACGUUUUAUCGAAUUUGUUGAAUGUGGCAGCUCUUAGAGGCAUUUUUAAGUUUCACCCCAAAUGCAAAAGGAUAGGCUUGACUCAUCUUUGCUUUGCCGACGAUCUCCUCAUUUUCUGCGAAGCCUCCAUUGAUUCUAUCAUUGGUGUGCAAACUGUCUUGGAUGUCUUCUAUUCUUUCUCUGGGCUCAAAUUAAAUAUCAAUAAAUGCGAGAUGUUUGUUGCUGGGAUAUCAGCUGAUCAAUGUAGAUAUCUAAGUGUGAACACGGGGUUUAAAGUAGGAAGCUCCCUGUGCGAUACUUGGGUAUCCCGCUGGCAGAUUAUGGUUCCUGCUGAGGUGAUCAGGAGGGUGGAACAGUUGUGCUCUCGCUUCUUUUGGAAGGGAGCUAAUCUGCCUGCGAAGGGAGCUCGGGUGAGUUGGAAACAGAUAUGCCUUCUAAAGUCUGAAGGGGGUCUUGGGGUCAUUGAUAUCCUUGGCUGGAACAAAGCUUGUUUCGUUAAGCUUAUCAGGAACUUGUUGGCAGAGGAGGGUUCCCUAUGGGUAGCUUGGAUUCGUUCCUAUAUUAUUAAAAGCUCGGACUUUUGGCAGUUGAACUUACCUUCUAAUGCUAGCUGGUACUUCAGGAGAUUGCUGAAGUUGAGACAUGCUGCUCAUCAUUUAUUUGUUAAUCGGGGCAAAGAACUUAGCACAAGGCAGAUUUGGGAGGCCAUUCGCCCUGAGGCACCAAAGGUUGUGUGGCAUCAUCUAGUUUGGUUUGCUGGACGUAUCCCUAAGUACUGUAUUAUUCUUUGGAUGGCAAUCCUGGAUAGACUUCCUACCAGGAUUAGGCUGUUGCGAAUGGGACUUGCCAUAGAUAAUGAUAAGUGCUUGUUAUGUAACUUGGAGUCUGAGACACGGAACCACUUAUUCUUUGAGUGUGACUACGCGAGGAAUCUCUGGAAGGCCAUUCUGCAGCUCUGUGGUGUUAAUCGCCGAGCUUCUCACUAG